GCGUUCACUUCCGUGUAAAAUUUACUCGCUCCAACUUCUGUGUAGCUUGUAGCAACUGCAUCUCAGUGGAGUUGGUUAAUUGACGGCUACAGCCACCAUCAAGUUAGUGCAAAUGGAUUAUACUGCAACUCAAAGUGGGUUCAGACAGCGUAAGUUACAGCCUGAUAUGCGUCUGAGGAAUAGCUCCGUGGAUGGUACAGAUGGCAGCCAGCUGUUUGAAGAUACGAGUGCAGCUGCGUCGGGAUCACAGACGGGGUACAGUAACCAGCAGGCCGGGCUUCAAGCUGCAGGAUUUCCCAGCCUGUCAGACCCCAUGUCUAACCUGGCCAUGGCAUAUGGCAGCUCACUGGCAUCCCAGGGAAGGGAAAUGGUGGACAAGAAUCUGGACAGGUUCAUUCCGAUUUCUAAGCUGAAGUAUUACUUUGCCGUGGAUACAGUGUACGUGGGGAAGAAGCUGGGCCUUCUUGUUUUCCCUUACAUGCACGAGAACUGGGAGGUGAGCUACCAGCAGGACACUCCUGUGGCUCCACGCUUUGAUGUGAACGCUCCUGAUCUCUACAUUCCCGCCAUGGGCUUCAUCACAUACAUCCUGGUGGCUGGACUGGCCCUCGGCACGCAGAACAAGUUUUCCCCGGAGCUGCUGGGAGUUCAGGCCAGCUCGGCGUUAGUGUGGCUCAUCAUGGAAGUCCUGGCGGUGCUGCUGUCGCUCUACCUCGUGACAGUAAACACUGACCUCACGACCAUAGACCUGCUGGCCUUCUCUGGCUACAAAUAUGUUGGGAUGAUCGUAGGGGUAGUAGCAGGCCUGUUGUUCGGGAAGCCAGCGUAUUAUCUCUCUCUACUGUGGUGCUGUGCUGCCAUAUUUGUCUUUAUGAUCCGCACCCUGCGUCUGAAGCUGUUAUCUGAGGCGGCGGCGGAGGGGAGGCUGGUGAGAGGAGCCAGAAACCAGCUGAGGAUGUACCUCACCAUGUCUAUAGCAGCAGCACAACCCAUCUUCAUGUACUGGCUCACCUACCACCUCAUCAGAUAAAACCCACUCACUCGUUUGUAAAAGAUUAACUUGGCUGUCUGAAUGCCGUCUAACAACCCGUAAAAAACACUCAAGAAAACACACACACACUUCAAAGAAGCUGGACUUGGAUGUAACACGACGGCCGCAGUUGUCUGGAUAAUGUCGUCCCAUCACUUACUAGACAUAAAGACAGAAGUACACACUCACAAGACUCACUCCAUGGAGCAAAACCACACAUGCUACAAGACGAUUAGGAGCGGAUGUUGGGCAUCACUGCCUUCUCCCCUCACAGCACAGCCCCAGUCAUCGGUUUAUUAUUGCCUUUUUUUAUGUAAUGUCUUCAAAAAUGUGUAGCAAGAGCAAGUGGCUUCAUGUUUGGGUUUUUUUUCUAUGUAAUUAUUUGUUAAUUAUGUUUUUUUAGGAAUAUUUAAGUAUGUGUGUUUUGUGUAUAGCAAAAGUAUUAUUGCUGCUCUGGUCUAAUAUCUCAUGUGAUUUUUCUGAGCCGAUUCUAAAGAAAGCACACUAACCUCACACAAACCGUCCAUUUAUUGACGAGAAAGAACUCAAAUUCAGGUUUAAAGGUGAUUAACUGGUUCGGAUGUUUGACCACAAUGACCGUUUUCCUGCUCCUAAUGUUUAUUUCAUGGCCGAGAGAAACACCGGUCCUCGUCAUUGGGUCUGGAAACAAAGGGUUAUCCAACUGGUGUGUAAGCACGAGUGUACUAGCACCUCCGUUUUAUGUGCUGAAUCUUUUUGUAUGUGCUUUGAUACAUGUACGAGCUUUGCUGCCUGACAACUCUUGAAGAGAAAUUUCAAGUGUGUGUGUGUGAAAGCCACGACUCGAGGGUGUCGACCUCAUGAUGAAAUGUUGAGUUGACUUUGAUAUCCUUUUUAAAAACCAAGUAAAUUAUUUACUGCUUUUUCAUAUUGAAAGUGGGAUGGAAUAAAGAAAGAGAUGAGAUGGUCUGUUCUGUGAAAAUUGUUUUAGUCUCUUUGAGAUACUUGAAAUACUUUCUUGUGCUUGUAAAUCAUCUAAUGUCCCCAUGUCUUCUUUUGUGUAGCCAAUGUUAACUCAAACCAGGGUAGGAUUCACUUAAAUCAAUUCAGGAAUCUAUUCAAAAGUCUGCAUUUUUGCAAUUAAGAUUACAUCUGAUUAUUGAUAAAAACGCUCGUCAGGUAACUGACUUGCCAAUAAAACCUUUAUUUUAAUAUUUUGCCAAAGUGCUCAUUUCGAUAGGAUUCCUGAAAUUGCAGUUUCUUAUUAUAAAUGACUCAUUCUAUACAUGUAGGUAAUUUACUUUUUUUUCUUCAGGAUUUUCAUGAAAGGAUCCCUGACUGUCCCUUUAAGUAGGCUUAAAGCAUACGACCUAUCAAAUCAAGCCAUUGAAAUGAUAUGACGACUUGUCUGAUGAAUUAAAGUCUGACUGAUGGA